AUGGCGAGCCCUCAAACGAUUGAUUUGACCACUUUGACCCCCGCCCAGCUGGCGCAAGUCAAGCAGCAGUUCGACCAAGAGCUUCAGCACUUCACGAAGUCCCUGCAGGCCUUGAGUAUGGCCAGAGCCAAAUUCAACGAGUGCAUUGCAGAUGUGAAGGUCGUGUCAGAAAAGAAGAAUAGCGAGCAGCGGCUGUUGGUACCACUCGCGGGCUCGCUCUACGUCCCGGGCAAGGUAGUUAACAAUCAGAAGUUCAUGGUAGACAUCGGCACAGGCUACUACGUGGAGAAGGACGCUUCCCAGGCCAUUGAGUUCUAUCAGAAGAAGGUUAACAAGCUGAACAAGGAGGCCGUGCAGAUCCAGGAUAUCAUCAAGGAGAAGACGCAGUCUUCGCUGGCUAUCGAGGCCCAGAUGCGCAAGGCAGCCAUCAAACAGCAUGAGGAAAUAGCGAAACAGAAGCAGCAGGCGGCCCAGUAA